AUGAGUUUUGUUCAAGAUAGUAUUUUUACGGGCCAGAUGCCUAAACGCUUAAUUGUUGCUUGUGUCGAUAAUGAUGCUUUCAACGGAAACUAUAAAAAAUCUCCCUUCGAAUUUAAGCACAAUCAUAUCAAUUUUAUUGGCAUUUACGUAGAUGGGCAACCUAUGCCUCACAAUCCUCUUCAACCUGAUUUCAUGAAUAAAACCUUUAUUCGUGCUUAUCAGAAUUUAUUUGCCAAUGCAGAAAACCGAGGAUUGUAUCUUUCGAGAUCAGAGUAUCCAGAAGGAUACUGCUUAUUUCUUUUCGAUCUAUCACCUGACUUGUGUGAUGGUUCUCACUUGAAUUUAGUCCGUCAUAGUAAUUUGAGACUGGAGGUAAAAUUCGGUUUCCCUCUGCCAAUAACAACAUCGUUAAUAGUCUAUGCAGAAUUUGAAAACUUAAUAGAAAUCAAUAAAUCUAGAAAUAUUAUCUACGAUUUUGGUAACUAA